GACCCCAGCGUCAAGAGCGGCAGGGAGGGAGGGAGAGCGGGAACUGUCAGUGGCCAAGCACGGACGCGCAAAUUCGGUCGACGAGCACCACCGCCAUCUCCUCGGGAGCGAGCGAGUGAGGCGGCCCACGGACACACGCCGGCCGGCCGCCCUCGUCGUCGCCGCCAUGAAGGCAGCAGCGGUCGCUCGGCGUGGUUGUCACGGCGGCGGACGACAUCAAUGAGACCCCGCGGAGUUCGUGUGGCGCAGAAGAAGACGACAAAAUGAAGAAGCAGUUCAACCGAAUGAGACAGCUCGCCAACCAAACAGUGGGCAGGGCUGAGAAGACUGAAGUGUUAAGCGAAGACCUCCUGCAGGCGGAGAAGCGCCUGGAGCUGGUCAAGCAGGUGUCACACAGCACCCACAAGAAGUUGGCCGCGUGUCUGCAGGGUCAGCAGAACGUGGAAGUGGACAAGAAGUCGGUCAGGUCGCCGUCGAAGAAACUUCCUCUCGCAACGCUCGCACAAUGCAUGUUGGAGGGGGCGGCGUUGCUCGGGGACGAGUCUAUGCUAGGGAAGAUGCUGAAGCUGUGCGGCGAGACGCAGGAAAAACUGUCCCAGGAGCUCAUCCUGUUCGAAGUCACCAUCGAGAGAGACGUCAUGGACCCACUAUACGAUCUCUCCGAGGUGGAAAUCCCAAACAUCCAGAAACAAAGGAAACAUUUAGCCAAACUGGUCUUGGACAUGGACUCUGCACGAACACGAUACUAUCAGUCCAGCAAGUCGUCCGGCCUGUCCGGCAACCUGCAGCCCAGCGGCGCCAAGGCCGACCACCUGAGGGAGGAGAUGGAGGAGGCCGCCAAUCGCAUGGAGAUCUGUCGGGACCAGCUGUCUGCAGACAUGUACAGCUCCAUGGCCAAAGAGCUCGACUAUGCAAACUACUUCCAGACGCUGAUUGAAGUCCAGGCCGAGUACCACAGGAAGUCACUGGAGCUGCUGCAGAACAUUCUGCCUCAGAUUAAAGCGCAUCAGGAGUCGUGGGCGGAGAAGCCUUGCUACGGGAAGCCGCUGGAAGAGCACUUAGAGCUCAGUGGGAGAGAUAUUGCUUUCCCUAUCGAGGCCUGUGUCACCAUGCUGCUCGAGUGCGGCAUGCAAGAGGAGGGUUUGUUCCGAGUGGCUCCGUCCGCCUCCAAGCUGAAGAAGCUCAAAGCGUCUUUGGACUGCGGCGUGCUGGACGUGCAGGAGUACUCGGCCGACCCGCAUGCUAUCGCAGGAGCUUUGAAAUCUUACCUGCGUGAGCUCCCCGAGCCCCUGAUGACAUUUGAGCUUUACAACGACUGGAUCCAGGCCUCAAACAUUCCGGACCAGGACAAGAGACUGCAAGCUCUCCGCUGCGCUUGUGACAAACUACCGCCCGCCAGCAACAACAACUUCAGAUAUCUGAUUAAGUUCCUGUCCAAACUGACGGAAUACCAGGACGUGAAUAAGAUGACUCCCGGGAACAUCGCCAUCGUGCUGGGGCCCAACCUGCUGUGGACGCACAGCGACGGCAACAUCACGGAGAUGAUGACCACGGUGUCCCUCCAGAUCGUCGGCAUCAUCGAGCCUAUCAUCCAGCACGCCGACUGGUUCUUCCCUGGAGAAAUCGAGUUCAACGUGACGGGCAACUACGGCAGUCCGGUGCACACCAACCACAACGCCAACUACAGCUCCAUGCCGUCUCCCGACAUGGAGCAGAUGGAACGGCGGCAGAGCGAGCAGAGUCGCAGACCCCUCAGCGUCGCCACGGACAACAUGAUGCUGGAGUUCUACAAGAAAGACGGCAUGGGAGUCAGGGUGAUGGACACUUCUUGGGUGUCCCGCAGGGGUUCGUCGUCCUCGCGUAAAACCUCGUCCACACCCCCAAGUGUGCGGGCACCUACCCCGCCCUCGGACGCACUCGCCCCUGAGCCGCCCGGGGACCCCUCAGGGUCCCCUUCCCCCACCCCUCCUCCCACUAACAGCGAGCGAGCCAGCUCGGAUGACGCCUCGGACUCCUGUAACGCCCACCCCUCCCCCGAGGAGGAGAGGCCGCCCCCCCCUUACCCCUCUUCCACACCCUUCUCGCUCCCCCCUCAACACUUCUACGCCCGAGCACCCCCUGGUAUGCGCCCGCUCUCCCGCAGUCCCGAAUGCGUGCCCACGGGCCCGUCGCCCGUCCCCCGUCGCUCGGGCUACAGCCCGCCCCCGUUCCUCCACUCCCUGUGCCCAUCCCCGCAGCCCCUUGACAUCAACUCCAACCCCCGAGCCCAAAGCUCCCCGCCCUUGCACAAGCAGGCCUCCCUAUCCGAGCCCCUGCAUGCGCCCCUAACUGACACAAACGGCUCCCACCUCUACAUCAAACCCCCGCUCGUUCUUACGCGUCACGAUCUAUUCCUGGGCUCCCACAAAUCCCCCGGCACCCCCUUAUCCGUCCCCCCUCCUUGGGCCACCUGUAGCCGAGAGCGAGGACGCAAGGCCACUAGCACCCUGAAGAACAAGGAACUGUCUCCGGUAAUCGGACAGAAGGGAUUCCAAGCCACGCUGUCUUCUGGUAGCCAGUCUGAGCACAGCCCGCACACGGUGAGAAGAGCAAAGAAGCUUGCUCCGAUCCCGCCUAAAGUCCCCUACAGCCAGACGGGGGCCGUGUCGGAGCAGUCAACGGGCCAGCCGUCUCCCGUCAGCCUGUCGCCCACGCCCCCCAGCACCCCUUCGCCGUACGGCUUCGGCUACCCGCAGGGUUACGCCACCAUCGGCUCCCUGGGACACGUCCAGAUGGCCAGCGCGCCGUCUCUGUCCUCGCCGCCCUCGCUGGCCGGAACGCUCACCAAGCCCCGGCCCACACCCAAGCCGCCCCGGCAGAGGCCCAGCUUGCCUCCCCCGCAGCCGCCCUCCACCCCCGGCAGCAGCCCGCAGCCACUGGAGCACUCGUCCGGCCUGCUGGAUGGUUUGUCUCCUGGAGAGAGCAUGUCCACAGAUUCUUUCUGCAACCUGGACAUUCCCGUCAUCAACAUGGAGCUGGACGGCCUUCUGGACUUGGCGCAGAUCUCCCACCUCAGGCACUCGGUGGCGCUGCUGGACUCGAGCCGCCUCAGAACCACCGAGUCAGAGGAGGGGGAGGAUUCGGAGAGCACAGUGUUAUGACGCCCCAGCCUUUCGCUCCUUUCCUCCCCUGAUUUAUUCAUGCGUUUUGGAUUGUUCCAUUUUUAGUUUGUGUUUGCCUUAUUUGAUGCCUUGAACGCCAGACAAGGAACAUGUGAGUGGGGGGAGGAUUCAAUUCUUCCACAAGGAAUCUCGAAAACCAUUCUGCUCUCGGCAUGGACAUCUGCCUGUGUGUGCACCGUGUGCAUGUGUGUGUGUGUGUGCGCGAAUGUACCAUCAACAGACAUGCACGCUGUACAUACUUAGCCGAUUAACUAACAAAAA